AUGGACCUGCAGACGCUUUCAACGCUCGACGAUCUCUUGUCCGAUGUCCUGCUCGACGGAAUCCACCUCUGGUUCCAGACCCACAAGAUGAGCAAGGACUACCGGUCGACUAGUAUUCCACCUGGCAAGAUCCUCGACAUCAUUCAGCGCAAGGUCAUUUUUGAGCGAAAACUCCCCGAGGCUGUCAAGGAGUUGCUCGGACUUGAACCUAUCAAGAACAUGUUCACAAAGGAAAAGGAGAUUCAGGAUUUCGGCACGCAUGCGCGGAGAUACCUCAGCAUAUAUCUCCCCUCCGCAGGAUUUGAGAUCUCGCAGACAGAUCGCUAUUCGGCCGUCACUAACAAGUCCGAGGCAUGUGUGAUUGCUAACCGGUCUUUCGAAGCUGGGGACGAGCUCCGCUACUGUGCUGGUACGAUCGCCAACUUGACCGAGCAGGAGGAGAAGGAUCUUGAGACGAAAACCAGCGACUUUAGUGUCAUCAAGACAAGUAGACGCGGAACUUGCCUCUUCCUAGGGCCAGCGCGGUUUGUCAAUCACGACUGCGACCCCAAUUGCAGCUUUAUGUCUGCUGGCUCUAGUGCCAUCUACUUCAAGGUCCAAAAACCCAUCAGUGUGAACGACGAGAUCACAACGCAUUACGGAGACAACUAUUUUGGUGUUGACAACCAGGAAUGCCUUUGCGCAACUUGCGAAAGGCCUCGGAAAUACAAGGAAGAUUCAGUGCGACCCUCGACACCCCUGCCACCAGUCGAAUCUGACACCAUCCCUAGCACCAACACACCUUCCACUCCAAACACGCAUGUCGAUCUCGAUACCGUUGACAAUCAGUACUCGGUUGAUAGAAACAUGUCGGGAGACAUCGGCACAAUUGCAGUAUCAUCUGCGGCGCUCUCAGUUUCUUCAUCGACAACAUCAUCCGACGUUCUGACGGCCUCUCUCACUGAGCUGGACAGCACGUUGCUGCAACAGAGCAUUGCGUCUCCUGUGCCCCAUGUCAUGGAGCUGCAGGUAGAAACCCCUCCACUCAGCUUCUCUGCCUCGUCUUCUGAUUCGGACAAGCUUGGUAGUAGUGUCUCCUCAGACCAGCCAGUGGUUAUGGAGAGUAUGCUCAAUCAGAACUCAGUCCUGACAAAUGCGAAGUCAGACCUGUCACUGCCGACUCAAUCACCAACCGUCAACAAACUAUCUAUGGACGAUGACUCUCCCUUUGUUGAAGACACGCGUUCGCACGACAUUCAGUCAUUGGAGAAUGACUUUCUUUUGAGCGACAAGCCUUCCGCGAUUGGCAGUACUUCCUUAAUCGACAAUUCCUCCUUGGUCGAUGACACUCCAUUGACCAACAAUACCUCCACACUCGCGGCCUCCCUCUUGGAUAACACGCCUCUUGUAGCUGAGACCCCCACCGACGUCUCAUUUUCGAUCGAUAUCCCUCCCAUGAUCGAUAGUCGUGAGGCGACUCGAACGACUCAACCAGCACCAGAAGGUCCCGAGAGUCUCCUAAUGGAUCCAGUGGAAGCUACUAUCAGCUCAACCCAAGCAGUGGACCCAGCUCUUGUCGAUAUGAUGGAUAUCUUACACCUCUCUACGGCGAGCGAUGACCAGGAAUCAAAUCUACAGGAUGGGCUCGGACAGCCGCGAGCGAUAGAGAAGGAAGCAGGAGAGCAUGACGAGGAUGACCCUGCCUAUAGCGACCAAUUCGACGGAGACUUAAGCGAUGCCGGUGUUGACGAGGACAUUGUCAUGCUCUCGCCUAAGAACUUUCGCAUGUCCCUCGAUUUUCUCUGUCAUACCGGCGCACGUGCUUCGACGGCCGAAAAGGACAGCAACCAACCGGACCCAACAACCCCAUGGAAUUACGAAUUUCAGGAUGGCCGUAGCGAUACUACCAACGGAAACUCACGUCGAGCAUCGGUUCAAUUGAGUGAGGUCGGGGACGAGAUGGGCAAGGUAUUCCGAAAAAAGGUUUCCAAGCGCGCCAAAGCAGCAACAGUCGUGUCUGAUCCGGAGCAUUGUGUGACCUGCAAAGCCUUCAUUCCGGAACACGAGCGCAACGAUUCAGACGACUGCCGCCGGUGCUACCGUCACUUUGCCAUUUAUGGCAUUGCCUGGCCGUCAAGGAGCAGGCAUGUCAUUGCCGAGCGAUAUAAAAAAGCCGCCCAGGAAGAGAGAGAUAGGGCCAGGAAGAAGCAGUUGGCUGAAGCUUCGCGAGCCGCAGCCAAGGAAGAGGCCAAGGCGAAGCAAGAUCAUGCCAAGGAGGAGGCUAAGGAAGAGGCCAAGGCAAAGCAGGACAAAGCCAAGGAGGAGGCCAGGGCGAAGCAAGAGCAGGCCAAGGCUGCGUACAGAGCCCACCUGGAAGAGCAGAGACAGUUGGCCAUUCUAAAGAUCGCGAUGCGGAGGGAUAUGGGACUGCCGCCAAUAGAGAAGACCAAACUUGUUCUCAACAAGAAGCGCCGGAUGAAGGCAUCCAAUGCACCCGGGUCCUACAACAACGGGUACUCUUAUCCGGUCGAUCCUUCUAUGCAGUCGUUUCAUUACGAGAGUGUCGUGCCUUCAAUGGCGCAUGGCGGCAUGAUCAGUAUGAAUGGUGAGAUGGUCUACCCGCAGAUGGAGCAUCCGCAAGCGACGUAUCAGGGAACAACCAACAACCCACCCGGCCCUUACCAGCAAGAUUUCUACUAUCCUGCCCAGCACGACCACUCAUACGACCAUUCGAGCCAGCCCACGAUGCUUGUCCAUCCGUUCCAUUGCGCGCCCUACCUCGUUUUCGUUGAUCCCAUGGACGACAACCCGAAUACUAUUUGGUGGGUGGCGGUGACUGUGCCACGACAUCAAAUGGAUGAGUCCAUGCCUCAGUGCGGUUCAGAUCCAGACCUCAUUGUCGUUCGAUUUCUGGAGGAGUAUGCCUAUGCCAUCUGCAACAUUUCGGGCCUGAAGCUCUUCCACCCGCAAAAGGAGCCGUACACAAGCUAUGCCGAAAGAGGUCCCCUUUUCUUCAAGAUCCCAUGCGUAAAGCGGGCGCUCGCGUUCUUGAAUGAGGGUUACAUUCCACCACGUCUCCCCUGGAAGAACAUGUCUUUUGUCGGGCAGAUGAGCUUAUCUGACACUGACAAGGCCAUCCUGGAUUUCCCACGCAAGACUCUGGAGAUGCACAACUUGAUGCAGCUUCACCAGCUCCGAUGCAAGUAUCAACAAUCCAUUCAACAUCUACAACACAUGCGGAACAACAACUCGAUCGAUCCUUUCGCCAUCCAAGAGCAUGAGCAGCGACUGGAUCAGGAAUACCUACAUAAGGAGGAGCAGCUUCGGUGUGAGAUGCAGCAGAUCGAAGGUCCCAUGGAGGAUUACCAGGCGACCUCGAUUAUUAUGGUGAAGCGAUUCGCCCUCUCGUUCAUGAACGACACUAGCAUGGAUAUUCAACACGUUCAAGUCCAGCAACAGCCGCCACCCGCCACAAAAGCCAAACGCGCACGGAAACCGAAGUCCUCCAGCCAACGUGACGACGCUCAUGGCCCUAUUGAACCGAGACCGGCGAGCCAGAGCAAGGACCUAUCACCACCAAAACCGCUGGGGGAGCCCCUAGAAUCCAGCGACGUCAGCAACCCCAAGUCCAAGAAACGUCGAGGUCCAUCAAAGAGGCAGCUCCAGAUAGACCUCCAGCUUUCGGAGCAUGCCCAGCUUCUUGAAGCUGCCAAUAUGGGACUGCAUUCUUUCAAGGCGGCCGAUGGAACAGUGUUCACCCUUGCGAACGUCGCGCCAGUCCAAGUCGAUUCGUCCACCGCAGCAUCCAAGAGGAAUUCGACUGGACCCAAGCCUAGAGUCGACAGUAUGGACCCCACAAUUCAACUCGCCUCGAGCAUGUCAGCAGUAGAGGCAACGGCGACGACGACGACGACGGUACCCAAGGCGCGGAGACGACGACAGACAGUGGAUGUAGGUCUUUCAGACCGUCCUGUCCUCUUACCUACGAUGACACUGCCACGCUCUAUCUCACUCGAGCCUGUAGCCCACCAACUCGUUGUUACAGAUUCCUCCUCUCGCUUUGCUUCCUUGCCAGGCCUUCUCAUGACCAAUAACAGCAAAGGUCGAUUAUCUUCAACAUGGGACAUGUCUGGUUGCGAGUACAGCUUGACGGAGAGCAGGGUUAUUGAGGGUCGCUACAAUUGUAUCGAGAUCACAAAUCACCCGGCUAGAACGGUUUUUCAUGGAAAACCUCAGGAUGGCGACGCGUUUCUCCUUGAUUCUGACGACGUCGUUGGAGUGAGUACGCCAGCCUCGUCAGACUCAACCGAAACGGAUGUAUCGCUUGCCCCCGGAGGAAGUCCUGAACCGACUGCAACAUUGAGAAAGGCUAGGAGGAUGGGGAAGACUAACAGGGAGGAUGCAUAUUGGAACGAGUGCGAUAGGGCGGAGGCAGAUGGCGGAGGAAUCGACACUAUCGAUAAUCGCUCAAUAUCCGACACCUUUGGCGCGAGCGAAUUGUCUUCCUUAAUGCCAUCCACCAGAUCUUCUUCUCUAGGUGCAGGUGAUCAGGAUAUCGAUGUGCUGAGUUACUAUGAUGAUCAGGUGUCCAGCUCCAAGGGCGCCCAGGAUGACGAGGCCCAGUUUAUCGACAUCGAGAGCUUGACGCCUGCCGACCACGAGGCCCUCGAACUAUUGACGCCUGCCGCUCGUGAAGCGCUCGAGGGACUGAGCCUUUUGCUGUCGAAAAGUCCCGACUUUGUCGCUUCGUCUACGCCUGCACCUCGACAGGCUCCUCCUAUGGCUGUAUGGGACCACGCUGUAGCGCAUCGGGACGGAGCCAGCGCCAUGGAAAGCUCGAGCUCAGCCGACACACCAAAACGUGCUCCCAAGAAGAGAGGUACCAAGAAGAGUCGAGCUACCUUCACGCCGUCUAACGCAAGCCCAUCGACGACAUCAACAACAGCAUUGCCACCACCACCGGAACUCAAGACCACCCAGAGUAUUUCGGAACAAGAUACCGCCGUCUCGGAAGUCGGCCAAGUUCAGAGUCGAUCCCGAAAGGCACAACCUGGAAAGUCACGUAGAGCUUCAUCAUCUAAGGCGAAGGUGACUAUGAGUGGAGUCAAGCGUCAGAGCUCUUCGACAGGUGCGGGUGGAGACGUGGACAAGGGAUUAAUUGUUGCACAAGAGAGGCGAGCCUUUACCAGCAGAAGCAAGAAGAUCGCCGUCAAGGAAUGGAUCGAAGGGCGAGCAGGAUCACCCAAGGAUCCUCAGGAGGUGGAGUCUACUCGACGACAGUGGAAGAAGAAGAGCCGCAAGGGACGCGAAGCCUCGGUCCAGGAUGAGUCUUCUCAGGUCAGUAGCUCUGCAGGAUUCACGGUGACUAACCUCCAAGGCGCGAUGACGACGGAGUUGAACAAGUAUCCAAGAACCACUCCUGUACCACCUUUGCUGGAGGCGGACGACUCGAGGGCCUCGCCUUCAGCAUCAUCGUCAUCGUCUUGUCCCGCCACAGAGUCACCCGAGCCAUCUUCGAGCUUUUCAGCCGUCGAUGUCGCCGACAACAAGGAGCUCCAGUCUCUGAGGCAGUGGAGUAUCAAAGGCGGAAUCAUUGGGUUUGACAUUGAUUCGAGUGUCCGAUCCGUCCGGUCUCGGAACAGGAGCGGUGAGUCACCCGUUCCGGAUGUCGGGAAGCAUUCUGGUGUUCCCAACCCAACAAGAAGCAGUCAGGCUAGCAAGCCACGCGUCGUUGAUGGAGAGGUGGAUGGGGUCAAGAGCAGGCCUCGAAAGCGCAGGAGGCCGACUGUUGAUGAGGAAGCGGCUCAGAGUAUCCCCGAGACCAAGUCCACAGUGAUCGGCGACGAUUCCACCUUGACAGACAAUGCUGAGCUGGGCGAGCGCGAGACAGUUGCAAGACCAGGGGUGACCUCUAAGGCAGAGCCUUCGGCCUUGGAGACUGUGGAGGACAAGCAGACGAGCGAUGAUUCUCUUGCGGCUGUCGCUGUGGGCACGGUCGAUACACAAGAAGACCUUUCGUCACCCCUCGAUGCUGGAAUUGAGGAGAGCAGAGUCAUAACAGGAAAGGUGACUUCUUCAAAGAAAGAACCUGCGUUAGUGAUGGUCAAGUUUACUCUUGCAAAGGCAGAUUCGGACAAGGAAGGUACGGUGGCGUCACAGGACCAACUAGCUGUGACCGAGGGCUCAGGAACGUCUACGGAGUCGUCUUUGUCGAUCGUGGUGCCUAAGAAGCGAUCGAGGAAGAGGACGGCGGAGGUACCAGAUGAUCCACUUGUUCAGCAGCCCAUGGCGAUGUCUACUCGCAAGCGCUCUAUUCAGGACGCCGCAGAUGUGGGGUUGGCAGUUGAGGAUGAGUCGACAGUGACUAGAUCUGCGGUCCAGGGGAUGGAAGAUGAAGCGGAGGCUGCCUCUGAAGCUGUUGUUGGCGCAACGGCGACGAAGCGUCGUCGUGUUCAGAAGUCGCUCAAGUCGAAGAAGGACGAGUUGCCGUCGGAGAAGGUCGAGGCACCAUCGAGGGUACCAUCGACGAAGGACCAGACACCUUCAGAGCAGGUUGAGGCGCCUAUGAAGCAAGUCAAGGCACCAUCGAGGAAGGCCAAGGCAUUGUCGAAGAGGGAUGAGGCAGCAUCGGAAGAGGCGAAGACAACAUCGAAGUUAACCAAGGCACCAUCGAAGAAGGGUAAGGCAGCAUCGAGGAAGGCUAAGGCUCAUUCGAAGAAAGGCAAGGUAUUAUCGAAGAACGAUGAGACAGCAACGGAGGAGGAGGUAGAGGCGGAAUAUGAGACAGCGCCGGAGGAGAUGGAGGAGGAGGAGGAGGAAGAGAACACUCUAGGACACUCUGAGGAGACGGCUGUCUUGCUGGUGGGAAAGCUCAAGCUCACUAAGAGGCAAUCGACGCGUCAGGGUCGAGCACCUGCUGGCAAACCUGUUGCUUUGGCGACAAAGGGUGCUAGGUCAUUUUCUGCUGCUGCCGCAACCACGGUGAUGGCUCCCAGGAACAAACGUGACAAACCCGAAAAGGAGUCAAGGAAUUUGGUGAGCCGCCUCAUUACACUGGACAACAUUGCCGAGAGUCGACUCCGAGACAGGAACAAGGAGGGCAAGUUGCCCAAUACGUCGAGGCCCAAGUUCGAGGUGGGCGACUCUGUCAUGGCACCCGGGGAGAACAACAUUAUGUUUGAGUGCGAGGUCAAGGCCAGACGGGACCACGAGACGCUGCCAGAGGUGUACGAGUACAAGGUCCAUUAUGAGGGAUAUGCACAAAAGUACGACGCGUGGGUCGAGGAGAAUCAGAUGGUCGCAAACUAA